AUGAAGACUUCAGCUCUCAUCCUUUCCCUGCUCGCUUCCACCAGCGCUGUUCAGGCCUUUAUGCCUGCCAGCAAUGUCGUGGAAGGGCGGGAGGUCAUCCCCAAGUUCAUCGGCAGGCGCAAUAUGAACAACAAGAGCGGUGGCGCGACCAGCGUUGGAGGCUUUAGCGGCGGAAGGGGUGGAGGUCGCGGUGGCAACCGUGGAGGCAACCGUGGUGGAAACAACGGCCAGGGAAACAAUGGUGGACAGGGCGGAGGUCAAGCAGAGGAUCCAGCCGCCGAGGACCCCGCCGCCGAGGAUCCCGCGACUGAGGAUCCCGCUACUGAGGACCCCGCUACUGAGGACCCCGCUACUGAGGAUCCUGCUACUGAGGACCCUGCCACUGAGAAUCCCGCUACUGAGGACCCUGCUACAGAGGAUCCUGCUACCGAAGAUCCCGCGACUGAGGACCCCCAGCCGAAGAAACCACAGCGGCACAGGCUUCCCAGACUGCCGCUGCGGAAGAGCCCGUGGUGGGGCAAUGGCCGUGGUGGGAAUCGCGGGGGCAACAACAACGCCGGCGGCAAUGCCGGUGGUAACGCUGGUGGUAACGCCGGCGGCAAUGCUGGUGGUAACGCCGGUGGUAAUGCUGGUGGUAACGCCGGCGGCGAUGCCGGAAACAAUGCUGGUGGUAACGCCGGUGGCAAUGCUGGCGGUAACGCCGGCGGCGAUGCCGGAAACAAUGCCGGCGGCGAUGCCGGAAACAAUGCCGGUGGUAACGCUGGUGGCAAUGCUGGGAACAACGGUGGUAACAACGCCGGGAACAACGGUGGCAACAACAACGCCGGAAACAACGGUGGUAACAACAACGCCGGAAACAACGGUGGUAACAACAACGCCGGGAACAAUGGUGGUAACAACAACGGCGGUAACAACGGCGGUAACAACGGCGGUAACAACGGUGGCAACAAUGGCGGGAACAACAAUAACAACGCCGCCAACUGUAUCCGGGCUGAAAACAUCCAGGCCAACAGUGGUCGCACUGGUCAGGAGCCUGGUACCGAAGGCAUCGGCGCCGGCCAAACCGCCGCCACAACUGAUGACAACAACUUCAUCAACUUCUGCACGGGCCAGACUCUCACCAAUGGCCAACAGAACACGGCCGGAUCCUGCAACCCCACGCCCAUGGGCCAGAUCCCCGCUCGCGAUAACAUGAUUUCCACCAUCAUCACUUUCCCCCAACCCGGCGACACUGUCCAAGCCGGCACCGACUUCACCGUCACCUUCCGCUCGGACCACCUCCAGGCCGGCGCGUUCACCAACCCGACUGUGACGUACUACUCGCAGUUUGCCUUCUUCAAGGGCGUGAACGACCCCGUCGAUAACAACGGCCUACUCUCCGCCGUCGUCCCCGGUGGUCUUCCCGCCGGCGCUUACCGAGCGUGCACCAUGGUCAGCUCGUCGAACCACCAGCCGGUGCUCAUGCCCGUUGCCCAGCGCGGUGCGCAGGACGACUGUGUCAAGUUCGAGGUCACCGAAGGUGGUAACGCUGGUGGCAAUAAUGGUGGAAACAACGGUGGUAACAACAACGCCGGAAACAAUGGCGGUAACGACAACGCUGGAAACAAUGGCGGUAACAAUGCCGGGAACAACGGUGGCAACAACAACGCCGGAAACAAUGGUGGUAAUAACAAUGCCGGUAACAACGGUGGUAACAAUGCAGGAAAUAAUGGCGGUAACAACAAUGCCGGCAACAACGGUGGUAACAACGGAGGCCGGGGUCGCUUCCGAGGCGGUUUCCGUGGUCGCCAGUGA